AGACAACCAUUCUCACGACCUCAUGACAAUUGUUCUGUCUUCCAAUUACAGGUACAGAAUGUCGAGAUCGACUGGAAAGCUUAUCCUGAGGCUAUCCAGAACCAUUCCUGUAGCUGUUGCAGAUAUCCCCACGUUUCUCUGUCCCGGACUUCUCAGAGUCCCGCAUCUGCCACUAUCAACAAAUUAUUCGAUACAGCCCCGACACACCCAAAGACGAUUCCUCCAAACCUCCGACCAUGCUGCGGCCGUAGAACCCGAAGGUCAAUUCCGAAGUCGCGCGCAUGCACAUCUGCCACAGCAAUGUCCGGGGUGCGGUGCAUUGUCGCAAACAGCUGUGGCCGACCAGGCUGGCUACUACAAUAUUCGGAGACGGUCUGUAAGAGAAUAUGUCGGCGGUGCAGUCGCGAAAGGAGAGGAGGAUAGAGAGGAAGCGAUUGUUCGUGCGGCUUUAGCAAAUGCUGGGCCUGCGGUGGGUGAUCUGGAAUUGGGGGUUUUGCAAAAGAACCCAAAACCCAGUAUGUCGGGUCGCCAGAUUUUAUUGUAAAAUGGUUCUGACUAUGACACAGAAAAGGUUGUGGGCGUUCCUACUUGUGACCGCUGCCACUUUCUGAAGUCGCAUAAUAGAGGCGUUUCCAUUGCGCAUCCUUCUAUACGAUCUAUUCAGGAUACCAUUUUCGAAUCACCAUACAAAUAUAACCAUGCUUACCAUGUUAUUGAUGCUGCAGACUUCCCAAUGUCUUUGGUUCCUGCUCUGCACAAGCUUCUUCAUCUCACCCCUCAGCGAUCUCUAAACAGACGCUCGAAGACAGGAAGGUUCUAUCAUGGUCAAAAAACGGAAGUCAGUUUUGUUAUUCAGCGUGCGGAUCUAUUAGCACAUAAAAAAGAGCAGGUGGAUCAUAUGAUGCCAUAUUUGCGUGAAGUUUUGCGAGAUGCUUUAGGGAGAACGGGGAAAGAUGUUCGAUUAGGAAACGUUCGAUGUGUUAGUGCUAAGCAAGGAUGGUGGACGAAAGAGCUGAAGGAGGAAAUUUGGAAGAGGGGAGGCGGUGGCUGGCUGGUUGGAAAGGUCAAUGUCGGAAAAAGUCAGUUGCUUCACAAUGUUUUUCCUAAGGGACGGUCGGGGCAAGUUGACAGUAAAACGCAUACGCCUGACAUAAAACCACUUUCACUGGAUAGCACAAAUAUGGAUCAGGCGGAGCUAGUUGCAGAGCUGGAAGCAGAAUCACGAGAAGCUUCAAAAGAAGUAGAGGCUGGUGAGGAUUCGGAAUGGGCAGAGCUCGAAUCGCUUGAUACGUCACUCCUACUCCCUCCUGCACCAGUGGAAACCAACUUUCCGGAAAUGCCAUUGGUAUCAUCACUGCCAGGAACCACGGCAUCUCCAAUUCGCCUGCCCUUUGGAAAUGGAAAAGGUGAGCUGAUUGACUUGCCUGGGCUUUCUCGAGGCGAUCUUGAAUUAUACGUGCUGCCAGAGCACCGUGCGUCGCUCGUGAUGCGCAAUCGUGUCCAUCCCGAGCAAGAAGUUAUCAAGCCAGGACAGUCUCUUCUACUAGGUGGCGGCCUGAUACGCAUUACACCUACAACUCCUGAUCUUGUCUUUCUCUCGUACUCUUUUACAGCUAUGAGUAGCCAUGUGACAGAAACGGAAACGAAAGCAAUUCCCACUCAGUUGCAGACUCGGGAAUCUAGUAUUGAGAAUAUCUCAAUACCAGGCACAGGAGAGAAAAUCGCGUCAGCCGGUAUCUUUCAUCUUAAAUGGGACGUCACAAAAGAAAGAAGUGGGCCUUUGACGGCUCGAAGUGCUGCAAACAUACGACCAGAUAAACUCCCAUACCAAGUAUUCUCGACCGAUAUCUUGGUUGAAGGGGUUGGCUGGGUUGAGCUCGCAGCUCAAGUCCGGAAAAGACGGGUUGAGUCCGAAAGUCGCCAGAUCCAAGAGGUGGGAGAAAGUUGUGCCUCUGAUUCAGAAGAUACCCAGAAAGUAGAGGAAAUAAAUCCGGCUUGGCCCUCUGUGGAGGUCUUCACACCAGGAGGAAAAUCCAUUGGCGCGAGAAGACCUAUGAACGCUUGGAUCCAGAUGGAAAACAAGCCUGGGAAGAGGGAUAUGAAGGGAAGACCAAGGAGAUCUAUGAAGGGCAUGAAGAAGUUGGAGAAGCAAAGGAGCAGGAGUGUUUGGUGACUGUAGAAAAAUACAAAUAUGUUGAUGUUCGCUGAGAAUCAAUGUAAAUCAAUAAUUAUGUAUUACCCCAUA